AUGCUUGCAGGGAGGUCCUUGAGAGCUGCAACCCCCUCACUACCUCCUGGUGAAAUCAACGAAAGCGGACACCCAGAAAAGUUGGUUUUGUCGGCUUUUCAAGGGUUUACUUUGGUAGUUCAGCCACUGCUGUUUUGCUGGAGCAAUGGUGUAUCAAGUAUCCGUUUUCACAUAAUACUGGUUCUGGCUUUGGCUGGAAUAAAUUGUCGCGCUUCUGCUGCUCCCAGCUUUUCUGCUUCUAGAGAACCUGGUGGACGGUUUGCAGAUCUUACCUUCUCGUCGGUGGUGUCUUCUUCCGGACUUUCUGCAAAUGCGAGUCCAAGAUACGAAGAUGCUAUUUCUCUAAGCCAAAGUUCCUUCUCCGACCAACGGGUUAAUCAACAAGAUAUAAGACAGAAUCUACUGCAAGAACUGACCCAGCAACUUAAUUCCAUUGAGCUCCAAAGGAUUCAACAGCAAGACCUUUCUGAUAGGGUUACCAGGGCGCAGUUGCCAACGCCGAGCAACCAGCUACGCCCACAGGCCAUUCAGUCACGAAGUCGUUCUAAUGCAAAUGGUCCCAUACACGAGUAUCAGCGAGUCAGUCAAUCUCCCCAGUCUCAACCAGACAUUCAGGCUCUGCUGGACGCGUUUGAUGCCCAUUUAGAGCAAAAACUAGCGCGAGCAAGGCUAGAAGGGGCACAGAUGGAGAGGCAGAGGCUUGAGCAGCUAGGACGAGCCUCUACAGAGAGAUCUCAAAGCCCCAGGCAAGAGAAACCAGAGAAUAAGCCCUCUCAGCGGGAGAAACUCCGUAGGGACAGGGUUGAGCAGCAUAUACGGAAUUCAAGUUUGAUCCUGAGGGCCCAGCGCGAAGGCAGACGCAAUGAACCAGCAGGACAAGUUCGUGUCUCGCGUGUCAAAGACGAAGCAAAACAGGAGUCAGUGGAUCAACAGAGAACAGAUCGUCAGAGGCAAGAUCAAGAACUCCGAGAAAAGGAAGAUAUAGAACUGCAGCGUCCACAGAGAGCAGUCAUUGCGCAGACUGAGCAAGACCAUAGGAACGGGGAAGCGGAACUUGGUUCUAGGGAUAUGACUAGGAAAUCAAGAGACAGGGUUGGUAGUGAGCCGCUGGUACAGCAGAACACAGAAAUUCGGAGGCCAGGUACAUAUUCGGAAGAAAAAAUGCUUAUGACAGAGGAACAGGAACAGGCAUUUCAUGAAGAGCAGAAAACGGACAUACGGAAAAGGGAUCAAGAAAUGAUGGAACAGUAUAUUGAUGAUAUUUUACGGAAGGAAAAGGAACGAGCGGAACAGACGCGCCAGGAGCACAAACCCCGUGAACGAUCUAGCCACGACAACGUGAUCCAUGAGCGAGGUCAGGUGCAGCGAGCCACGCAAGGGACUCAGCAGCGGGAUCCUGAACGUAAACGGAGGGAGCAACAAGAAUCAGACACACUUCAGAUGUAUACACGUGUCGAGACGGAAAUGCUGGAAGAGCUAUCAAAGAAGUUGAAGCUUCUACAAAGCUACGCACGGCAGCAGGCCCAACCGAUUCAAUCCGGUACUACGCUGUCCUUGCGCGAAGGCGAUGUGAAGCCUGCGUCACAGACAUCCUUGAGUGAAAGCCUUUUAGAGGAGAUUGACCGUUUGUGGGAUACCUUUCAGACCCUUAUGCGGUACACUCGAUACAGAGAAAACUUACAAGGAGCCACGCAACAGACCAGGGAUGAUGAGUUGAGAACACCACUGGAAACACAUAAACCACAAGGGGACGAACAGCAGGAUCGGACGCGCAAUCAGAAGCCUUCACCUCGUUACCGAGAUGCCUCCAUCUUCAUAACAAGGGCCUGGACCCCUGCGAACAGGGCUGCUAGUGCCGCUCCGUUGUCUGACAGUCCAAGCGGCACUGAUCUUUCAAGAACGCCAACUUCUUCUACAGACCGGCGAACUACAAUCCCCAUCCCAUACAGCAAUAGCAGGCGGAAUGAUGGGGUCAACGACACUAGCAGAACUGGCCGUAGCUACAGGAGCAACAACAUUGCCGUUAGAGUCCCCAUUGAUGCAAAUACCCGUAUGCUUACCCAAGAUGCCAGCACCUCAAGUCUUGAAGCACUUCUGAAUGCCAAUGCCCGUAAGGCUUUUACUGAGGCUAAAGACGAAGAUUCAGAGGCUAGGAAAACGAGCGAUCAAAGUGAGGCUCCAGGCGCCUUUCUUCUGGCACAGUCAGGGGAGAUCUCUCGUACCAUGCUUUCCAUCAACCCAGCAAGAGCAUUUUCAUCCACACCAACAGUGGAGCCAGUUUCUGGAAGUGACGAUAUGCCACAUACGGAGCAGGACAACUCAUUAACGGGGUCAUCGGCUACUGCUUUUCUUACACCUCCUGUGCAAUGGGCAGCUGAAGCGUCCCAAGAAGCGAAAGGUUCACAAAAACUAGGUUUCCCAUCCCGUUCACCAGAAGUUAGGCGGCUUGUUGGUAUAGAAAGUGGAUCUAUUGACGCAAGGGAUGCGACCCUCGUUGUCGAUGUUUAUGAACUUGAAGACAGCGUGGACGCUUCUAGUUGGAAGAAAGAGGUUAUCAACAAGCUGGACCUAGAGGGACACAUUGCUGCAGACAAGCCUGUUUCCCCUAGAGGCAAUGGAUCAGAGAGUCGAGCAUUCGCUCAUGAGGAAGGGUCUAUCGCACAGGUAGGGUCGGAUAUUCCAGGCGAUCUUGGCACGUCUGCAUCUAGAACAUCAGCAUUGAGAGAGGAUUCAGUACAUGCGGGAACCGAGAAUGACCAAAGCAGCAACCUGAGGGGUCUUGCUGGUAUCCGGAAUAGAACAAAAUACGGUCGAAGUAGCACAGAGGCUGAUGAUGCCGACGACUUAAAUGACAGCGUGUUCCCUGUUAUUCAGCUCAGCACCUCAUCCUCACGCAGCCCGCCCUCUGGCCCACUGCAACCGUGGCAAGGGGCGCUGCCUCAGCGGAUGGCAAGGCCUACAGCAAGAUCAUCUGCCCAAGGCAUUUCCGAUGAUGGAAGCACUUAUCCAAACACUCCAUAUAGGACCUACAUGUAUUACCCAGACCCUUUUAGCAGCCCCUACAGCACGCAUUCCUAUCGAGAAGAUUAUGGCAUGAGAUACUCUAAUCGGUAUUACCAUGAUACCUCGCCAAAGGCGGUUCUGAGUUGGCGCGAGUAUAUGAGAAGAAGGGAGGAAAAAAAGGAGCUGGAAAGACGCAAAGCGCAAGAAGCGAGUGAGCCAACUGUUGGCAUUAUCGAGUCACCGGGGGGACAAAAUGUUGGAAUGUUGAAUUUGGCUCUCCGCAGGAGUGUCCCAAGAUAUUCGCAUACGGGGACACAACUGUUGCACUCGUCCGCCCCCCAAACAGCGGUGCGGAUACCUACAGCAUCCUCCGUGACGUCUACGACGCGGACUACAUUCACCCCAUAUAGCUCGAUAAGCGCAGCACGGAGCGCGGAAACACAACCUCGACCUGGUUGGUUCCAACCCCCCAGUAAUGUAUGGAUUACAAGUACCGCUGCCAGGAAGGUUUCAACAGCCAGUAGAGGAGCUGGCCUCGGUACUGGUCAUCCAUCUAGAAUAGGGAGAGCCAAACCUAUAUAA